AUGCUGCUAUACAGCCGCAAGAAAGUCAGGUACCGACGAGAUGGAUACUGCUGGAAGAAGAGGAAAGAUGGCAAGACUACCAGAGAGGACCACAUGAAGCUGAAGGUCCAGGGGACAGAGUGCAUCUACGGUUGCUACGUGCACUCCGCCAUUCUUCCUACAUUCCACAGGCGUUGCUAUUGGCUUCUACAGAAUCCUGACAUCGUGCUAGUCCACUACCUCAAUGUGCCAUACCCUGACGAUAACAAGCUGGCGGCAGUGGCACCCAGCCUCGCGCUCUGGGCAGACAAGAAAGAAUGGACGAAAGACGAACUAGUCAGCCAGUUGAAACCUAUGUUCUUCAGCGAAGAUGAGCACGAUAUCAACAAUGAAUUGGAAAUAUCGACGACGGAGACGGUGGAAGCAAUCGUCGGGCAGCUGAUGGAGAAACAGCGGGCUGCAAGGGCUGCGGCGCUAGCGAGGCAACUAGAGUGCGGUUGCCCUGAUUCCACUUGUCAGGAUUCAAGAACUUGCGCGCAUCCUUUACGACGUAUACAAGCAGCGAAGCCUCCGCCGUCAGACCAUCACGUUUCUUCAACAACUGGCCCAUCACCACGACCCAUGUCGCAACCACCACGGCAAUACACUAGAGAUCAUAGACCAUCCGCGCAACCAGCUUCUCCAUUGCUAGUUUCUCUUGGCCAAAUUCAAGGAGGAGGUGGUCUUUUAAUUUUAAAUGGAACGAGUAACGCCGCCCAGCAACAUUCGUCCUUAGUGUCUCCUCUGUCAUUGACGUCGUUUGUAUGUGAAGAGCCCAGGGAUAGGUACCGGCAACAAUACAAACCCACAUUCGUUUUGAAACGUGAGGUACCUGAUAGUCAACCGUCUUCGUGUCUGCACAAUACGGAAUCGACGUUCGAAGUAGAAAGCCAAAUAGAGGAAAAAGUAGAAAUUAAUUCUUUUGAUAGGAAAAUUAAAAUGGAGCCGAGGAGUAGAAACCAUAUGGUUGCUAGUGCACCAACUACCCCGUCUAGGUAUCCAGAUUUAGUAGAACGAUUAGAAAGUAAAGUUAUGACGGAAAACUGUGAUGAUACAUUAGUAUUACUUGGUACAGAUGGAAAUUUAGGAUCUAGUGGGUUCUUUGACGAAACUUUGGAAUUAUCACAUGAAGACAUACAAAAGACUUUAUCAGCUAAUAUGCCUACUUGUGAAUUAGAUAGAAGCGGUGUGAGGUCUUCCGAUACGGCCAACGUAAUGGUGUCGGGGAUAGAUACAAUGGACUUUAUUGAAAGUUGUGAGGCAGUGGCAUCACCUACACACGUAGUAGAUGAUAAUGUGUUCGUAAAUCUUGACGCAUUUGAUAUGUUAGGAGAUUUUCCUGAAUUGGAAGUGCUAGAUCCGAGCACAAUAUCAACGCAUCCCUUAAUAUCCUGUGAGAAAUCACCUCCUGAAGAAAAAAUGCAAAUGGACUGCAGUGGUGAGGGUGCUCUCAGCAUUACUGAUUAUUCACCAGAAUGGGCUUAUCCUGAGGGCGGAGUGAAGGUCCUAGUGGCCGGACCUUGGACUGAGACCUCUGAUCAGUAUACGGUUCUCUUUGACAACUUUCCUGUGCCAUCGAAGUUGGUGCAGAAUGGGUUACUUCGAUGCUAUUGUCCAGCUCACGAAGCAGGUUUAGCAGCUCUUCAAGUCGCUCGUGGAGGGCGUGUAGUUUCUGAUACUGUUACAUUCGAGUACAAGGCAGGCCCUGUACCAGUCCCUUCAUCUCCGGCUUCUGCUCCGUUGCCAUCGCUAGAUUUUAGAAGGUUUCUACUGCUCCAACGGGUUCAGCGUCUUAAUGGCCGGUUGCAAAUAAAAAAUGAGCCUUUAGAUGAUAAUCAGAUCGAAGACGUUCAAAUUUAUUCGAAUCCAAAAUUUGAAGAACGACUCGUUACCUUCUGUCGAUCUCUCAGUUCAAGAUCAGUUGGCCAAUCCGAAGGUUUUACGAUGGAUUCUGAAGAGGAUGGCUCCACGAUACUGCAUCUUGCAGCUGCAUUGGGCUAUACGAAGCUAACGAUAGUACUUUUAAGAUGGCGACAGGAUGAUACUAAUUUGGCCUUAGAGAAAGAAGUCAAUUUAGGUGCGCGAGAUAGUGAUAAUUGUACGCCUCUGAUGGUAGCAAGUGCAGCUGGUCAUGUAGAAACAGCAGUGGUACUGGCCCGAUGGAGUGCUGGCACACGCAGUGAGGCUGGAGCCAGACAAGCUGCUGCUGCGGCCAGGAGAUCUGGACAUAUGGCUCUUGCUGCAUUACUGGAUAGGAUACACCCGCCGCAGAAAGAUGGCGUAUUUCUAAGACCACUCAGUUUGUCACAAAAGAGCCGUGCUGGUAGUCUGGAAAGUAAUCUCGUCAAGCGACCAUCCAUAGACAGUGGUAUCAACAUGGCGGAUGCUUUCCGAUCUAGUUCCGCUAUUGAUAAAACUGAUAAUAUUUCGGCACGAUGGGAAAGGAGCAUGUCAUUACCCCUAGACUCUGAUACAUCGGAAGAUAGUCUUGGAGAUUCGAAAAUCGGAAGACGCAUGGACCUAGCUCUUUGCGAGACGGCGUGGCGUCGCGCCGCCAGCCCGCUCAUUGACGUGGAGACUCUCUCGGACUGCUCGUCGCCGCCGCCGCGCGCCCCCCGAAAUGUUUCAGGGGAGCAAGAUGACCGUGUAUUCACGUUGGCGGAGGAAAUAAUUGCAGCUAUGCCUGAUAGGAUAAAAAACGAGAGCUCAUCACUGCUGACCGGAUGCGGAUUGGAGUCUGGCGGCGGUGGGGGUGAAGACACCCUCAUGGGACCUCUUCUGGAUGAUUCCACUACCUUCAACACCGAAUUCACCUUGGAAGUCUCUGAUAAUACGUACAGGAUCUGCAUUGUCACAUUGUCACCACCUCCACCAUCACCACGACCAAACUCGGUGUCCGCUUCAUCAGCAACGCUGCAAGAAUUCCUUAACGCUACGCACUUUUCUAACUUAACGCUUAAUGAUCGCGAACAGCGAGAGCUAUAUUCAGCGGCGAUCACGAUUCAGAAAGCGUACCGUCAAUACAGAGGGCGGCAGUUGCAGCGCCGCGCUGCAGCCGCUGCUAUCACAAUACAGAACUGCUAUCGUCGAUAUAAACAGUUCGCAUAUCUGAAGCAUAUGCACGCAGCGGCAACAGUAAUUCAACGCGGCUACCGUCUAAUGCGGGCACGACGGCAGGCAGCCAAUAAUACACCUAUUAAACGGACAUAUUCCCAGCGGCGACAAAAUCAGGCGGCAAGAAAAAUUCAGCAAUUUAUGAGGCAGUCUAAAAUCAAGUUGCAGAACGCGCGAGUCGAAAACGAGGAGGCCCUGCGAUCGCCGGAUGCCCACCAAAGCUCGUCGCAGCGCAUCAUCAGUACGCCGCCCACUCCCAAUAGGAUUGUCGAUUACUUAGCCCCAGAAUCGCCAAUGAACGCCGACGAAGAACUAUUACUUGAGACUUCUGUUCAAAAUGUGACAAGCGCCCACUUCGAUCAUUAG